GUAGAGCUUCACAUCCACCUGGAUGGAGCCAUUAGACCAGAAACAAUCUUGCACUUUGGCAGGAAAAGAGGGGUUCCUCUCCCUGGCAGCACGGUUGAUGACCUCCUGAAGCACGUCAGCUACAAAACACCACUGACACUUACCCAAUUUCUAGAAAAGUUUAAUCACUACAUGCCUGCUAUUGCGGGUGACCGUGAGGCAGUGAGGAGGAUCGCCUACGAGCUUGUAGAAACGAAAGCAAAAGAAGGUGUCAUCUACGUGGAGGUCCGGUACAGCCCUCACCUCCUGGCCAACUGCCGCGUGGAUCCCAUCCCCUGGGGCCAAACCGAGGGAGACCUCACUCCAGAUGAAGUCGUUAACCUCGUAAAUCAGGGACUACAGGAUGGAGAAAGGGAUUUCCGCAUCAAAGCCAGGUCUAUUCUAUGCUGCAUGCGCCAUAUGCCAAGCUGGUCUCCGGAGGUGGUGGAGCUCUGCAAGAAGUAUCGAAACAACUCUGUGGUGGCCAUCGACCUGGCUGGGGAUGAGUCCCUGAAGGUGAACAAUUCCUCCGAGCAUAAGGCGGCUUACGAGGAAGCUGAAAGAUGCGGGAUUCAUCGCACCGUCCAUGCUGGGGAGGCCGGCCCGCCUGCCAUGAUCAAGGAGGCAGUUUAUCUCCUGAAGGCCGAGCGCAUUGGCCAUGGCUACCAUGUCCUGGAGGACCCCGAGCUCUACAAGGAGCUGUUGAGAGCAAAGAUGCAUUUUGAGGUCUGCCCUUGGUCCAGUUAUCUCACUGGAGCAUGUCUUCCGGACUUUGGGAAACACCCAGUAGCACAAUUUCGGAAGGAUCAAGCGAACUAUUCUAUAAACACGGAUGACCCCCUCAUCUUUAACUCAACUAUUAACAAGGAUUACAGCAUAGUGAAGGACUACAUGGGCUUCACUGAAGAGGAGUUCAAGAGAGUGAACAUCAACGCAGCUCAGUCCAGCUUCUUACCCGAGAAGGAAAAGCAGGAGCUGCUCAACACCCUGUACGAAGCCUAUGGGAUGGUCCCCAACGCAUCGUGA